AUGGCGUCUAAAGAGAAAUGGCAUAGUACACACGACGAAGAGCAGUCUCUCAUGGCCGGAAACUCUGACGACGACUCAGUCUCUUCAACUACGGGGUUUCGAAGCCACAGAGCUUCACUAUAUUGCCGGCUAUUCAGGCCGUCAAUUUCAACCUUGAAGGACUUGAUCUUGAUUGCAUUCGCAAUCUUAGGCUUUGUUAGCCUCCUCCAGUCUCCAAUCAACAUCCCCUCUCACUUCCUCUCGGAGGGCACCUCAAAACCAGACAACUUGCACGCGCCACCCACAAUCACAUCUUGUGAUUGCGGAAACUCUACUGCCGAAGCAGUCACUUUGGGCUGCAAAUAUGACUCCCUGGCUGCUGCUUGGCUUCCCGAGCACUGUCGGGACGACGAGCUGACGGCUGAGUUUGAGCGCUCCGGGCCCGGCCCCAACGGCGAGUGGACGUACUGGGCCGAUACCGCGCAUACCAAAGAGAUUAGUGUCGGAGAGAUUGCAAAGAUGGCGGAUAACCAGGAAGAACUGCGGUUCCACAUGUCUGGGCACUGGCACGUCCUGCAUUGCAUUUUCUACUGGAGAAAGGAGCACCGGGCGCGAUUCAAUGGCAAGAUGGUUGAGCCGCGGUCGGACAAUGAGAAGCAUAUCAAGCAUUGCGGCAAGAUCUUCUUGGACCCGGGAUAUGGCACUGUGGCUGGAGUAGCGUUGAACACUGAUAUGGAUCUCAACUACAUGGCUCCCCAAGCAUUAAAACUUCCGUCGCCUACUUGCAAGUAUCACCCGCUCAACGAUGAGACCGCAACCAACCCAUCUGCAAAUGCCAAAGCCUACACCACCAGACAGCCAAGCCGGCUUGUAUUCGUCUCACUAUUCGCAACAGUCACUGUCUUCGGAACUCUACUCCUGAUUCUACUAUCCCUACAUCUACGUCUUCUACAAUCAACAGUACCAAGGCAGAAACUCAGCUGCGGCAGGAGCGUCACCGAAGCCCAGCAAGCAGGAUGCACCUUUGACCCUCUCGCAAAAGCCUGGCUGCCCGCCGCCUGCCCCCGCUACGGCCUAGCCGAAUUCGAAGCGGCAGCGGGCGCAACGCACAACCAAUCUCGUUGGCGAUACUGGCGGGACCAGGCCGGAGAAGAGGAGCUCAGCAUGGAAGACCUCGCAUCUCUCGGGGGGAGCGAGAAAUGGUGGGGCACGGAGCGGGAACACUUGACGCACUGCGCGUGGAUGCUGGUUCGAAAGGCGCGCGCAUUUGCCGAUGGUGGCAGGGUGGAUAAGCUGACGGCGGACUUUGAUCACUCCAAGCACUGUACCAUGCUUCUGCUGUGGAGGGCGCUGCAGGCUGAGGGGAUUGACGAGAUGGAUACGAGCGGAAACGUUGUGUUUGGAGGAUGCUGA